ACCAGACUUGAGUACAGUGGGAAACCCAGCAUACACAGACACACAAUUUAACUACGAGGAGAGCCGAACCGGAGAUACAUUUACAAUUUAAAAGGGUUAGAUUUGAGAGGCUUGCAACUCAGGAUGGCUACCGAGACAGCCUCUGUUCUUCUGUCCCCCAUCAAAACGUGCCUUCUUCUACUUUUGGGUGGUUUGAUGUCCAAAGCUGCGCAGGAGCAGCAGGGAAGUUUGUACAUGUGGAUUGAUGCCAACCAAGCCAGAAUCCUAAUUGGUUUCGAGGAGGACAUCUUGAUCGUGUCAGAGGGAAAGAUGGCUCCAUUCACAACGGACUUCAGAAAGGCCCAGCAGAGGAUGCCUGCGAUACCUGUCAAUAUCCAGAACGUCAACUUCACCUGGCAAGCUACUGAACAGGCAGAGUACUUCUAUGAGUUCCAGACACUGCGCUCCAUGGAUGUGGAUAUCAUGGACAACCCCACGGUCAACGUUCCUCUCCUGGGCUCUGUACCACGUAGGCCCUCAGUGGUGCAGGUGGGGCUUCCCUGUGCUUUAGGAGACCAGGAUGGCGUAGCGGCGUUCGAGGUCACUAUACUGGUCAUGGACGCCGGUGGGAACAUCAUCCUGAGGACACCUCACAACGCCAUCUUCUUCAAGACCUGCCAGAGAGCUAAAUGUCCAGGUGGUUGUCGUAACGGUGGGUUCUGCAACGAGAGACAGGUGUGUGAGUGUCAGGAUGGUUUCUACGGGCCGCACUGUGAGAAAGCCCUCUGCUCUCCCAGGUGUCUGAAUGGUGGACUGUGUAUGAGUCCGGGCGUGUGCAUCUGCCCACCUGGUUACUAUGGAGACAGCUGUGACAAAGCUAACUGCAGCAUCACAUGUUUAAACGGAGGGACGUGCUUCCACCCAGGGAAGUGUAUCUGUCCUGCAGGCUACGAGGGACCACGCUGUGGGAUCAGUAAAUGUCUCCAGGCCUGCAGGAACGGAGGGAAAUGCACUGGGAAAAACAAAUGCAAAUGUGACAAGGGUUUCCACGGCGACCUGUGUUCCAAGGCUGUCUGUGAGCCCAGCUGUGGAGUCCAUGGGACCUGUGUGGAACCCAACAAGUGCCUGUGUAAGGAGGGCUGGCACGGACGCCACUGUAACAAGAGAUACAGAGGAGGUGCCUCUAACACCCAUCGUCUCUCAUCAGGCCCUAAACACAAGCCUCAGCAGCACUCCUCCUCUGCCAAGGAGGUGAAAGACGUCCCCGAUGCCGACAUCCCAGCAGAGACCAAUUACGUGGUAUAAGAGCCGGGUCCAGACAACCACACCUGGGUUCAAGCACUAUUCAACAUCUUUCAGAUACUUUCAGCAUCUGCUCUAGUCCGGUUGGCGGCGCCUGAUGGGUGC